CUCGUUAUCUAUCUAUUCUUUUUAUAUUACGUAAAGCAAAUAGUUCUUCCCGUGAGCAUAGACAUUUCGCGCGCGAGAACAUAAACGAACAACUUGAAAAACUCUCAUAUCGUGAAAGCUUGUGUGGGAACGCGCAAAGUCUGUUACAAUGGGGGAUUUUGGUCCUGUGGAUGGACGCCAAGGUCGUAGUUACCUCAGCCAAGCCUUGUUGGAGGAAAGUGAAGUUCGAAGCCAGAUUUCUGUGGGUUCAAGCAAACAGCGUCGCAUUUCAGGAGAGAGUGCAAAAAGCGAUCGGAAAUUCUCCACACAAGAGGAAUCUUCGCGAUGGAUUUCAGUUCCCGGUCGACGAAUUUCUGCUGCGUCGUAUUUUAAUAGUUGGAAGAAACCAACAGAGGUGAGUGCUGUAAAAGAAGAGAGGAAGAGAUCCCUCGAGAAUACGUAUCGUCUUGAACCGAAGAUUCGACUCCCUGAAAGAAGCGUUCAUGCAAUUAUCGCAGAAGCUUUAGAUACCUUAGAGUCGCACACAUACAGCGCAACUCAUUCACCGUUUAUCGCCAAGUUACUGACCACUCGCAUAUUGGAAAGUGUGAAACAGUUGAACAUCGAACGUUACAAAUUUGUUUGUCUGGUUACCAUUGGAACCAAAGGAUCUCAGGAUUUAAGAAUAGCAAGUCGGUGCCUUUGGGACGAUCAGUUUGAUACAUUUGUUAGUGUUUGCUUUGAAAGACAAGGAUUUUUCGCGGUGGGAACAGUUUAUGGUGUUUAUUUUGAAUAGCCUUUAUUCCAGUUUUGGAGAAUUUUUUUCCUUGUUUAAAAACUGAUAAUAGUUGUGGCAACAAUUUCUGGCGUGAGAGAAAUUCAAUACUGCAGUUUGUGAUCUAUAUCCUCCAAUUUUGACAUUUUUUACUGUCUAGGACCGACUCCAUGCACCGUUUAAAUACGUUGGCGUCAUUUGAAUUCUUAUAGACAUCAGCCUUUUCCGCUAAAGCUGUUGAUCAUUCGCAAAGUUGUAGGUAAAAUUGCGCUCAUGAGAACUGAAGAGAAAUUACUUAUCUAAAGACAAAAUGGACUGUAAAAUUGCGUGAGAUAGCAGAACGGGCGAAAGGUUACCAAAACAUCAUGUGGUUAACUCUCAAGAUUCCAAAGAGUUUAUUAGGAUUAAUCCGGUAGGAAAUAGCGUGCUCUCGGAUGAGAUCAAUCAUCUCAGUUUUAGAAUUCUAACGCUCACUAAGCCGAUUCUUUUAACUGAUUAUCUUAAUAGUUUUUACUGAGAAUUUGGUGUUACAUCAGUGUAAUAGUUCGACAGUGUAUUCAAACUGUUAGGAUAACUUAUACACGCUGAUCGAUCGCGAUCCCUGGUGUUAGAGGUCACUUUAUUUUUGUCAACCGAUAAUUGGACUGGUUAUUAAAACUUACCUAGAGAAUUA